GAGGUAAUAAUUUACCAGCAGCUUCAUAAUUUGCGCGCGUCGUGGUGACGGUGUUGACUUUUGAGUGACUUGCAGCAACAUGACGUCCCGCAGGAAAACUAAGAAAACCAGCAAUGAGAGUAUAGAGGAGAAAAUGACUACAAGGAAGCGAGGAAGAGAUGAGGGUUCCUCUACAUCUAAUGCUGCAGUAACUCCACCAGAGACUCUGCGGGGACAGAGAAAGAACCUUACAUAUACCAGCCCAACACAGACAACUCGGGAGUCACCUCCAAGAAAAACCCGUCGAGGCAUUUCCACACCAGACACUCCUCAAAGAACUAGUCCCAGAGGACGUGCAGGAGGCCGCUCACCUGCUGCUGCUUCAAAUAAAUCUCCCAAAAGUAUAUCACCGAGAGGUAGGGGCCAAAGAAAUAGAGGAGGAAGUACAGAUUCAAAUGCCAGCAGUGUGGGAAACAGUGUUACAUCUUCAACUCCAUCAAAGAGACGGGGUCAGAGAGAGAGUAACAGCUCAGGGAUGAGUGCAGCAUCAGAAAACUUGCAAAUUACGCCUCCUACAAGUAGAGGACGCAAAAGAAAGAAGCGAGAUAGCCCACCAACAGUUAAUUCAAAGAAAACUAAUGGUGCAUCACCUCAGUAUUCCCCUAGAAGUUCUAAAAAAGGAAAGAGCUCCGCUCAGGCAGGAACUUCUUCACCAGCUGCAAAUGGGCGAGAUGGUCGCAGACCUCAGGACAGAAGGGGUAUAUCUGAGACACUGCCACAGGAAGAUCUAGAUGAGGGUACAGAUGAGGAAUCAUUACAUUUGAAUGAUGAAGAGAAUAGCAUUCUUCAGAAUUCUACAGAUUCACUAAACCUUGCAGAAUCUGAAACUUCAGCUGAACUACAGAACAGUGCAUCACAUCAUGAAAAUGAUGCUGAAAAAGAAGAGAAAGUCAAAUCUCCUCAUGUGAAUAAUGAUGAAUGUGAUGAAAGUGUAAGUGAGAAUCAAACAAUACAAAAUGAUAAUGUUCAGCAACAUUUGGAAAAACAAAACUCAUGCAAAAAUGUUGAACAACAUUCAGAAAAACCAAAAGAGUUUUAUAAAAAUGAGGCUCAAUAUUCAAAGGCUGAAAAAGAGCCUAGCGAAAAUAAUGUUCAGCAGCAUUCAGAUAAACAAAGUGUGUCAUUAAGUUAUUCAGACAGUGAGUGUGUAUCAUGUGAAAAUGAGGUCCAGCACUCAAAAAAGCAAAGUGACUCUUGUGAAAACAAGGCUCAACAGCAUUCAGAAAAACAGAGAGAGUUGCAUAAGGAAGAAAUUCAGCAACAUUCUGAAACUCAGUGUCAGUCAUGUGAUAAUGAGAGUCAGGAAAAUCAUGACAAACAGAAGGAAUUAGGUGUGGAAGACCUCCAGCAUUAUUCCCGAGGAGAGAGAGAGGCAUGUAAAAAAGACAUAGAACAAAGCAAGUCAGUACUUCAGAAUUAUUCUAAAGAACAUAGCCAGUUGGUAGAGGAAGAGUUUCAAAAGCAUUCUGAAAACCUGAAAGAGUUUACAAAAAAGGCAGUUCAGCAGUCUAAUGAAAAACAGACAUAUGUAUAUGAAGAGAAUAAAGAACAAUCUGAAAAGCAGAUAGAUGUAUGUGAGGAGAAUAAAGACAAAUCUGAAAAGCAGGCAGAUGAAUGUGAAGAUUGCAUAGAAAAAUCUGAAAAGCAGAUGGAUGUAUGUGAAGAGAAUAAAAAAUCUGAAAAGCAGAUAGCUGUAUGUGAAGAGAAUAAAGAAAAAUCUGAAAAGCAGACAGAUGAAUGUGAAGAUUGCAUAGAAAAAUCUGAAAAGCAGAUGGAUGUAUGUGAAGAGAAUAAAAAAUCUGAAAAGCAGAUAGCUGUAUGUGAAGAGAAUAAAGAAAAAUCUGAAAAGCAGACAGAUGACUGUGAAGAGAAUGAAGAAAAAUCUGAAAAGCAGACAGAUACAGAUGAAAGUGAAGAGAAUAAAGAAAAAUCUGAAAGCAGACAGAUGAAAGUGGAAGAGAAUAAAGAAAAAUCUGAAAAGCAGACAGAUGAAAGUGAAGAGAAUAAAGAAAAAUCUGAAAAGCAGACAGAUGAAAGUGAAGAGAAUAAAGAAAAAUCUGAAAAGCAGACAGAUGAAAGUGAAGAGAAUAAAGAAAAAUCUGAAAAGCAGACAGAUGAAAGUGAAGAGAAUAAAGAAAAAUCUGAAAAGCAGACAGAUGAAAGUGAAAAGAAUAAAGAAAAAUCUGAAAAGCAGACAGAUGAAAGUGAAGAGAAUAAAGAAAAAUCUGAAAAGCAGACAGAUGAAAGUGAAGAGAAUAAAGAAAAAUCUGAAAAGCAGACGGAUGAAAGUGAAGAGAAUAAAGAAAAAUCUGAAAAGCAGACAGAUGAAAGUGAAGAGAAUAAAGAAAAAUCUGAAAAGCAGAUGGAUGAAAGUGAAGAGAAUAAAGAAAAAUCUGAAAAGCAGACAGAUGAAAGUGAAGAGAAUAAAGAAAAAUCUGAAAAGCAGACAGAUGAAAGUGAAGAGAAUAAAGAAAAAUCUGAAAAGCAGAGUGUUGUGUGUGACGCUGAAGAGAUUUCUAAACAGGAUAUCAGUUUUUCUGUUUUGAAUAGUGCAGCCAAUAGUCAUAUGGGUGUGGUAGCCACAAGUCAACCUUGCUCUUCCAAUAAAACUCAGUUAAGGACGUGUGAUAAAGAUGUUAAAGGUGAUGUGCCCAGUUUAACGUCAAUAGCCAGUUUGCUUACAGAUAAUUCUAGUCAUCGAGAAAGUUCAAAGAGGAGACAAAUUAGUGGUGAUUCCUCAGAUUCCGGAAGUCCAGAAGCGAAACCUUCCAAGAAGGCCAGACUAGGUGACAGUGUACCUGACAUGCUCUUGAAGAGUGAAACUGUAUGUUGUGACAGCAAAUCACAUAGAGAAAAGUGUAAGGGCAAGAAUGAAAAAGACAGUCAGUGUGUGAAUUGUGUAAAAAUGUGUGAAAAUCUUGAUUUAGAAACGGACACUGUGACACGAGCAGAGACCUUCCUAGAAUCGCUGGUUCUUACAGAGCAGCAGAUCUUUGAAGUUUGUUCAGUUCUUCCAGCUCAUGUGAAAGAAUUGUCUGAUGCAAGAAUAGUGGAGGCACUAGUGGAGACACUUUUGGAUGGGUCAACCACAGUGACAACCAUGAAUGCUCCUCGCUUCAACAAGUUCCUCAGACAGUUACUGACUCAUUAUUGCAACCUUGAGACUACCAAGGAGAGCAAACAUGUACUAUGUGAGAAAGCAGUGCAGUGGGCACGGGAUAGGAAAAGUGUGAAUCUUCGGCAUGAACUGGAACUGACACUGAUGUCACUGUACUAUAGUACCAGUCAUUAUAAACAGGCAGAGGUCAUUGCCAAUUCUCUCUAUUCUGAAACAAAAAAAUUACAAGAUAAAGAGAAAACAGUAAAGGCAUGCUUGUGCUUGAGCCAAGUAUAUCACGCCAUGGGCAACAUCUCCAAGGCUCGUGCCAAUAUCACCACUGCGAAGACUGAGGCUCUCAAGAUCUAUACACCUCCAGAUAUGCAAGGAGAGCUUGACCUACAGUCAGGUGUGCUAUGUCAUUCGUUUUAUUAUUUUAUUAUUGUUACAUUAAUCUGCAUUUAUUUAAAUUUAUUUACCCAUGACUGUAGCAUGUAACAUUUCCAUAUUUUGAUUAUGCAGUUCAUUUCUGAUCUACUUACUGCUGAACGAACAUAAAUUCGUUGGAAAACAUAGAGAAGUAAGUAUGACAAAAUUAAUCCAGUGA